AUGUCCGACGACGCUUACAUGUCCUUCCUGGGCAAAGCCAACGCGGAUCUCGAUACUGCGCGAGCCCAACAAUCGCAGGGUUCCUCAUCCGCCGUCCGCACCGAAACCGUCGAAAUGGGCGUUCACAUCCCUGCUCCACUGACAUCGGUCGACGCCUACUACGUCUCCGAAACCGAUGAACCGUUCGAACCGGUCGCACUGCGAUGGGACGGUGCUUCUAGGGGAAUCUUCCCUGAUCCUUCACAUCUGUCGAGCCUUAUCUCGCCGAAUGCCGAUCUCUCUGAGUCGAUUACGAGCUUGUCGCCGUCGCACUUUGACCCGAGGAACCAGUACCCGUCUGCAAUGCGGGCUGUUCGCGCUGCGGCGUCGGAGGCCUCCGGGGGUGAUGAGUCUGCUGUGGAUGUGAAGGUGUAUCGGGUUGGGGUUGGGUCGUCGAGGGUCGAGUAUUGGAUUCUUGCGGUGGAUGCUGAGAAUUCGUUGCUUGUGGGGUUGAGGGCGAAGGCUGUUGAGACUUAA